CCCUCUAACAGGAAGUUUAGUCUGACGGUCCCACGUGUGAAACAGGAGCAACUUUGCGUCGCAUGUGCUUUAACUGUGCGCCAUGAAUUUACAUGAGUAAACAGCUCAAAGUCUGGAUAAUUCUCCAAAAUGUUGUUUGCAAAAGAAGUGCCAUGGCGGCGCUUGGAGGGCAUGUCGUUUGGCAUGUAUUCUGCCGAGGAGAUAAGAAAGUUGAGCGUGAAGGCGAUCACUAACUUCAGGUUCCUCGAUGCUGUUGGGAAUGUGGCCCCGAACAGCCUGUACGAUCUGGCCCUGGGACCAGCAGACAGCAAAGAGGUGUGUUCGACCUGCUGUCAGGACUUCAACAACUGUCCAGGACACCUGGGACAUGUAGACCUACCUUUACCUGUAUACAACCCACUGUUCUUUGAUAAACUCUACCUGUUGAUUCGUGGUUCCUGUCUGGCGUGUCAGAUGUUAACGUGUCCUCGAGCUGCCAUCCACCUGCUGCUGAACCAGCUGAAGUUAGUGGAGCAUGGAGCCAUGCAGGAGGUCUACCAAGUCGAACAAAUUAUCAACCAGCACCUGGAGGAGAAUCCCAAAGCCACUGGAGAUGAGAUUCAGCAGGUGCUUAAGACGUUUACAGACACGAUACUCGGAGCCAGCACUGAAGGGUCAAAGAACACCAAACCGAUUAAACAUCUUGUUGAAAAAAAGGGCAGUCUGAUAAAUGACUUCUGGAAGACCCACAUGAAAACUAGGAAGUGUCCUUACUGCGGGAGUGGAAGGUCUACGGUGCGCCGUGAACACAACAGUAAGCUGAUUGUCACAAUGCCAUCAGGAGUAAAGACCAGUGGUGAUACUGAUGAGAAUCUGAUGGCUGGAAAGAGAGUCUACAUGACGGCCAGUACUGCUAGAGAACACACCAACAAACUGUGGGAGAAAGAAGGUUUCUUCUUGAAGUGUCUGUUCUCCGGGCUGGAGGAGGGGACGGCCACAAAGGAAGGAGAGAAGGCUUUCUAUCCAGACCUCUUCUUCCUGGAGCUACUGGUGGUCCCACCUUGCAGGUAUCGUCCCAUCAAUCGACUGGGUGACCAGAUGUUUACAAAUGGCCAGACAGUCAACAUGCAGGCUGUCAUGAAGGACUGUGUAAUCAUAAGGAAACUUCUGGCUCUCAUAGCAGGGGAGAAAACUGCUCAGGAGGAAGAGGCUCCUGAACAGGCGGACCAGUCGUUUCUGUCGGGGAUCCCCGGACAGACAUUAACAGAUAAACUCUACAACAUCUGGGUGCGACUACAGACACACGUUAACAUCGUCUUCGACAGUGACAUGGACAAAAUGAUGACAGAGAAAUACCCAGGAAUCAGACAGAUCUUGGAGAAGAAGGACGGAUUGUUCCGGAAACACAUGAUGGGAAAACGAGUGGACUACGCUGCACGAUCUGUCAUCUGUCCAGACAUGUACAUAGGGACCAACGAGAUAGGAAUACCUAUGGUGUUUGCCACCAAACUGACCUACCCCCAGCCCGUGACUCCAUGGAACGUCAAGGAGCUUCGUCAGGCCGUUCUCAACGGACCCAACGUCCACCCCGGUGCCGCCAUGGUGAUAAACGAAGACGGCAGGAGAACCAUCCUAUCACCUACCAACCUCGCCCAGAGAGAAGCUGUUGCCAAGCAACUGCUUACACCCAGUCCUGGUCCACAGAAGAUGCCCAUGAAGAUCGUGAAUCGUCACAUCAAGAACGGAGACGUUUUGUUACUGAACAGACAGCCGACUCUGCACAGACCCUCCAUACAGGCCCACUGCGCACGGAUCUUACCAGGAGAGAAGGUACUGAGGCUCCACUAUGCCAACUGCAAGGCGUACAAUGCUGACUUUGAUGGAGACGAAAUGAACGCGCACUUCCCUCAAAGUGAGCUGAGCAGAGCAGAGGCCUACACGUUAGUCAGCACUGACCAGCAGUACCUCGUCCCCAAGGACGGUAAACCUUUAGCAGGUCUGAUCCAGGACCACAUGGUGUCGGGUACGAGGAUGACGAUACGGGGCUGUUUCUUCAACAGAGUCCAGUACACAGAGUUGGUGUACAGAGGACUGACUGACAAACCGGGGAGAGUUAAACUGCUGCCGCCGGCCAUACUCAAGCCACAGGAACUGUGGACAGGAAAGCAGGUGGUGUCGACACUCCUGCUGAAUGUUAUCCCACAGAAGGCCGUGCCUCUCAACCUGGUGGGCAAAUCGAAAAUCCCCAGCAAAGCGUGGAUCCAAGUCCCACCACGAGCUGCUCCAGGAUACAAACCUGACAGCAUGUGUGACUCACAGGUGGUGAUUCGUCAGGGGGAGCUGUUGGUGGGGGUUCUGGACAAAGCUCACUACGGCUCCUCAGCCUACGGUCUGGUCCACUGCUGCUAUGAGCUGUACGGAGGGGAGACCAGUGGCAAACUGCUCAGCUGUCUGGCUCGACUCUUCACUGCUUACCUGCAGCUGUACAGAGGCUUUACUCUAGGUGUGGAAGAUAUCCUGGUGAAACCGGGCGCCAACAGGCAGAGGAAGAAGAUCAUUGAAGAAUCACUGAAGAUUGGCACCAAAGCCCUCCAGGCAGCCUUCAACCUUCCCUCCAAUGUGGAUCAAGCUGAGGCUCAAAGCCGCUGGCAGGACGCUCACCUCAACCCAGACCAGAGAGAGUUCAGCAUGGCCGACCACAAGUUCAAAGAAGUGGCCAACCAAGUGAACAAUGACAUUAACAAGGUGUGCAUGCCAAUUGGCCUCCACACCUCCUUCCCUGACAACAACCUCCAGCUGAUGGUCCAAUCAGGAGCCAAGGGAUCUACUGUUAACACCAUGCAGAUUUCGUGUCUACUAGGUCAGAUCGAGUUGGAAGGCCGUAGGCCUCCACUGAUGCCUUCUGGGAAAUCCUUGCCGUGCUUCCAGCCAUAUGACCCCGCACCUGGUGCCGGGGGCUUCGUUUCUGGAAGGUUCCUCACAGGCAUCAAACCGCAGGAGUUUUUCUUUCACUGUAUGGCUGGCAGAGAGGGACUGGUCGACACAGCCGUGAAAACCUCUAGAUCAGGAUACCUGCAGAGGUAAGUGGACUAUGAGAGUGAGGAGGACGAGGAGGAGGAGGAUGGAACGGAUGAUGGUGAGGAUAAAGAUCAGGGUGACGAAGAGGAGGGGGCGGAGGAGAACGUGGAGGAGCCCCAGCCGGAGACUGCAGGAGUGGAGAGGAAGAAGAAGAAGCGAGCAAAAAGAGGGCGAGGAGAAGGAGAGGAGACUCUGAAUCAGAUGAGAGUGAACUCUGUUCUGGAAUCCAACCCGGCGAUAGAGAGAUAUCACUACGAUGUCCAGCAUGAACUCUGGUGUGAGGUUGACCUGGUCUUGCCGGUGAGCAAGGUGCACUUCGACCUCACCUCACUUCUGUCAACACUGGCCCACAAUGCCGUCAUCAUGGAGACCAGAGGCUUGACACGCUGCCUGCUGAACGAAGCCACCACAAAGACUGGAGAGAAAGAGACAGUUCUCAACACAGAAGGCAUCAACAUGCACGAAAUGUUCAAGCACAGUGACAUCUUGGACAUCAACAGACUGUACUCCAAUGAGGUCCAUGCCAUGGCUAACACCUAUGGGAUUGAAGUGGCUCUGAAGGUCAUAGAGAAGGAGAUUAAAGAUGUCUUUGCCGUCUAUGGUAUCGAGGUGGACCCCAGACAUCUGUCACUCGUAGCAGAUUACAUGUGUUUUGAGGGUGUAUAUAAGCCCUUAAACCGGCAUGCCAUCCAGUCCAACUCCUCCCCUCUGCAGCAGAUGACCUUCGAGACCAGCUACAAAUUCCUCAAACAGGCCACCAUGCUGGGGUCACACGAUCAGCUGGUGUCCCCCUCGGCCUGCCUGGUGGUGGGGAAGGUAGUCAAAGGUGGAACAGGACUGUUUGAACUGAAACAACCUCUGCAGUAGGAGAGGACAGCUCGCAGUCCGAUUGGUUGGAUGUAACAAAUAAGGACACCUGGCGGGGAUUCUCUUUAUUAUCACAGACCUGGAUGGGAUUCACUCCCAGUUCUGUUGACUCAAGCUCCCAUGGCAAACUCAUGUUAUCUGGCAAAUAAAUAGGAAUAACAACUUUAUCUCAAUCCCUACUGAAUGUGGUGGAUGUGACAACUGUUAUUGUGUUUUAAAGAAUAUUGUUCCUGAAUGAAUUUAUUUGAAAAUGAAUGUAACCUUGGCAUUGUGAAGUGAUCAAAGUUCCCUAUUGGAGAAUCACUCAGCAGUGACUAUGAAAGGACACAUAUUGGGAGUUCCCAACACAAAAACUCUUCACAAUAUCCACAGACGGUGCCGUUCCUAAAAGCAUAAAAUGUGGUAGACAAAUUAUCUGUUUUUGUCUUUGUAUUUAAUAAUAAAAUGAAAGUUAAAAUGUG